UGCAACAGGAAGUCGUCAUGACGCAUUUACGGCACGUAGUUCCUGUGCGGAAGUGGUCGUCAUCGUAAAAGCUAUGAGUUGGAAGCUGUGAAAUAUGAGAAAACAACUUGUUCUUCUAUGGUCUGAAUGAAAAACGCGGCUUCCGUUGAGAAUCGUCUGAAGGCAGAAAAUGUCGUGGAUAAGGGAAGGUGAAUUAAAUCUGCUUGAAAAGAUCGCUUCCAAUGUCCUUAAGGCAGGACCCAUGCCCAAACAUGUGGCCUUUAUCAUGGAUGGAAAUCGCCGCUUUGCACGUAAGAAAAACAUGGAGCGCCAGGAAGGGCACAUGCAGGGCUUUAACAAGCUGGCAGAGACGCUGCGUUGGUGCAAGCAGCUGAGUAUCCCAGAAGUGACAGUUUAUGCUUUCAGCAUUGAGAACUUCAAGCGCACUAAAGAAGAGGUGGACGGACUGCUGGACCUGGCCAGGCAGAAGUUUGAGAGGCUGCUGGAGGAACGGGAAAAUCUGGAGAAACAUGGCGUUUGUAUCCGGGUGCUGGGUGACUUGAACAUGCUGCCACUUGAUCUUCAGCAGCUUAUUGCCAAAGCUGUUUUAACAACUAAAACUAAUAACAAAUGUUUUCUCAACGUGUGCUUUGCCUACACGUCCAGAUAUGAAAUCACCAACGCCGUCAGGGAGAUGGCUUGGGGAGUUGAGCAGGGCCUGAUCAAGGCAAGCGAUGUUUCGGAGGCGUUGCUCAGCGAGUGCCUGUACAGCAAUAACUCUCCUAAUCCUGAUCUCCUGAUCCGAACCUCAGGAGAGGUGCGCCUCAGUGACUUCCUCCUGUGGCAGACGUCCCACUCCUGUCUGGUGUUUCAGUCGGUUCUGUGGCCCGAGUACACCUUCUGGAAUCUGUGUGAAGCCAUUCUGCAGUAUCAGUUAAACCACAAAUCCAUCCAGAAAGCCAGAGAGCUUCAUCGAGAGGAACAAGCACUACAGCAGCUGGAGGCAGACCGGGCCUGUGUAGCAGACCUCCUGCAGCAUCAGGGGAACGGGAAGCCAGCUGAUGCCAAGAGAAGACAAGAAGCACUACACCUCUGCACCGCCUCCCGGGAAGCACGAGUCCAGGACUUCCUGCAAGCACUGAAGCAGAAGAGAAACCAUUUCUUUUCCGACUUAUACGGCGAAGCCGUCUCAGCCUAUGAAAGCCAAUCAUAAAGGAUGGAUGGAAGUUCUCCGGUCUUCUUCUCAUAAGGGCUUCUGUGGAAAAUCGAAAGAGCGACUGGCAGUGGUUUUCAUUUUGACGUUGAUUUGUUUGUGAAAGCAGAGAGGACAAAUGUUAUCCCCUAUGGGGCUGUAAAAUAACUGUGAUAUUUAUGAUUGUAGAUUAACAAAGUCUAAUAUGUAGAAAUAUCUGGUCAAGAUGUAGCUUUCUAGAUGUUUCAAGUGUCUGUCCAAUGCAUGCCGUGGAGCUUGAAUGGUUGAAAUCUGUGAUGUGCUUUGGAGAUGCUUCCAACAUGGUGAUACACAGAAGUCGGAGCGGUUUCAUGAUUUUGCUGCUGAAAGUGCUGUUUGGUUGUUUGUUUUUUAAACACAGCUAUAUUUUGACCAGCAAAAUAAAGCAACAACUGUAUAUGAGAAUUAGGAAAAUAUGUGAUUUACUCUUUGCUGAUGAGACAUUUAAUGUUUUUAUAAAAAUUUAUGAAAAGUG